AUGAUGCCCAACCACCCCAUGUACGGCCACCAGCACUUCCCACAGGACGGUCCCUGGAUUCACCCGGCCCAGAGCCACCACCAGCAUGCCCAAGCCCAACAGCAGGCUGCUGCUGCUGCCGCCGCCGCCCAGCAGGCCCACUACAGCCGCAUCAACUCUUCCUCGAACCAUGCAAACGCCCUGAACCCCGUCCACCAGGACGCUUCUGCAGACAACCCCAACAUGACCGAGGACAACCGUCGCACUAUGCAGUACAUUGCCGACCUGCUCAACGAGAACACUCGCGAGCAGGCCCUCCUCGAGCUGAGUAAGAAGAGGGAGCAGGUCCCCGAGCUUGCCCUGAUCCUGUGGCAUUCCUUUGGCGUCAUGACCUCCCUCGUCCAGGAGAUCAUAUCUGUCUACACCCUCCUCAACCCCUCCCAGCUCACCGCUGCCGCCUCCAAUAGGGUGUGCAAUGCCCUGGCUCUUCUCCAGUGUGUGGCCUCCCACAACGAGACUCGCACUCUCUUCCUCAACGCCCACAUCCCCCUCUACCUUUAUCCUUUCCUCAACACCACGUCCAAAUCACGCCCUUUCGAGUAUCUUCGCCUCACAAGCCUCGGUGUCAUUGGCGCUCUCGUCAAGAACGACUCGUCCGAGGUCAUCAACUUCUUGCUGACUACCGAAAUCAUUCCUCUCUGUCUGCGCAUCAUGGAGACCGGAUCCGAGCUCAGCAAGACUGUCGCCAUCUUCAUAGUGCAAAAGAUCCUCCUUGACGAUAAUGGCCUGAACUACAUCUGCGCCACUUAUGAAAGGUUCUAUGCCGUCGGCACCGUUCUCAGUAACAUGGUGGGCCAGCUGGUCGAGCAACAGACUGCGCGACUGCUUAAGCACGUCGUGAGGUGCUUCCUACGGCUCAGUGACAAUGCAAGGGCGCGCGAGGCACUCCGCCAGUGUUUGCCGGAGCCUCUUCGCGAUGCAACUUUCUCUUCUGUGCUCCGGGACGACGCAGCCACUAAGAGAUGUCUUACCCAACUCCUGGUCGCUCUCUCCGACAACGCGAUGCCAGAUAAUGCAAACCCUGGGUUUUCCUAG